AUGGCACAAAGAAGUUAUAAUAUUAAGGAUGUGUAUAAAGAAAUUUUUACGAUCAAUGACUAUUUUGAGGAGGAAACUAAUGGUACAUUAAUAGUUAAAAAUAAUUACAAGUCAAUCCACGAUUAUUGUGGUUCCUGGCGGGACUCAAGAAAAGACAAUUGUCAUAAUUAUAUUCAAUUGGCUAUUUGUGGUUUUAUUUAUUUGCUAAAAACGUUAAAGGAUAUGCCUGGUUUAGAAUAUGAUAAACUUGCCGAAUACGCUAUUUUAUGGUUAAUUUAUAAACUAGAUGCAGCGCCAAAUAAAUGUGGCAUCGAAUUAAAUGAAUUUUAUACUAAAUAUAUAGAAAAAAAUAGUUAUUAUAAUAAUAUAAUAAAUGGUUAUGAUAAUAUGACUUAUAAGGAUAUUAUAAAUAAAAAAAAAGAAUUGAUGAAUAUGAAUAUUAGUGAAAUAUCUAAAUUUAAUACCCUAUUUUAUAUAUUAUUUUUUUCCUAUUAUUUAUCUCAUGUUGAAUAUCCGUAUUGCGUACAAUUUCCGCUUUAUCCUAUAUCGUUUUCUAAUAAAUUUAAUGAACUCAAUGAAGAUUCUAAGAAUAUAGAAGGCAGUCUAUAUACUCAAAUAUUGUCUACAUUAUCAAAUGAUUAUAACAAUUUAAUAAAUAAAUUUGGUAAUGAUGAAUCUUGCGAUUUUCCAACCAUUUCACCGGUGAAAACAUCAUUAAGUUCGUCGAUAGCAAGCAAAUUAAUUCCAGGUUUAUCGACAUUUGCAAUACCAGCUUUCUUGGGAAUUUCUUAUAAGACAAUAUAUAAGAAAACAAUUAAAAAAAGUAAAGAAGAAAAUGAAACUAAAUAUAUGAUUCGAAGAUUAACGAUUAUUCCAGGAACAAUAAUAAUGAUUGAUAUAUGUUAA